UCGGAUCGUGGGUAUUUUUCAAGAUGUCUGCGCCCAUGAAGUGAAAAUAGAUUACAAAAAUCGCCCAAAUCGCCCAAAAUCUCCAAUUCUGCUCUUUAUUUUUUAAAUAUAUACAACCUUUACGACUCAUCAAAGUAGAUGGAAGCCAUGGCAACAGCAGAAGUCCCCGAUUCCGGUGCCAAGACCCACCUCUCUCCGACAGCCGAAGAGCUAGAUGAAAUGGCCAAGACGAGGUACACAGAAGACGAUGAAGAAUACACAGCGUACUUGAACUCACCAACGCCCCCGCCACCUGUUGUCGAUAACUGGUACUCGCGGCCUAAGCGACAUAAUGAUUACUCAAGGGGCAAUAGAGGGAACCGCGGGGGAAACAGAUAUGAUCGACGUGACAACUACAGGGACAACAGAGGUUACAGAGAUCAAGGUGGUUGGGACAAUUGGGGUUACAGAGACCAAGGUCAAGGUUACUACUAUCAAGGUCAAGGUUACUAUCAAGGUCACUAUCAAGGUUACUACCAAGGUCCCUAUCAGGGUCAAGGUUAUCGUGACAGGAGCUACGAACGACAAGAUGGAUAUCGCGACAACAGAUACAGAGAUGACAGGCGGAGGAGGAACGAUGAGAGGGGUAUGAUCGGUGGGAUCAGGCCGGAGGAUUAUUAAAAUUUUUUGAAUAACAUUUGUGACACUUUGACCAAAGGACGCCAGAAUGUUUUGAUGCCAUUAGGCAAUAGGAAAAAUCUUGUAUUAUUUUCAAGGCGGUCCGAUUUUGGAUUCAGCUGAAAUGGUCCGAAAUUUUUUCCAGUGACCUAAUCUAAUAUGAUCACCCUUAGUUUAGUGCUGUUGAAAUACAUUCCUAACUCCCAAGGACACUGUAUGAGGUACGAGUACAGAAAUAUUACCAUGGUAGAGAGGGUGGGGGUUAAACAAUUAGUUUCAAUUUCAGUUUUAUAGAUCGAUCUAAAUGCAUUGUUCAACAUGUUCAAGUGAUUUAUAAUGAAGGCAGUUUACUGAAUACAGAAGUACAUUUCAAAUA